GCCGGGCCAACCGUUAAAAGCGGAGCCGAGGGAAGACUUGCCAGUGCCGCCGGAGAGCCGAGCUAGCCGCCGGGAUUUGACAGCCUCCGGUCCGGAGAAGAGGAGCUGGAAAGUUGCUGAGGGAAACUCGGUCGCGUCUCCGCAACAAGUCGCCGCCCGGUGGGGAAGUAUGUUUUAGCUGGGCAACUGGAGCGUCGAGGAGACUAGCCGCCGGCGGAGCCGAAGCUCGCGGCUAGCUCGUUAGCCUUGGGGGUGAAGUAAAAGAAGGGAGGAGGAGGGGGGGAAAGAAAGUGGCGGUGAGAUUAAUAACUUACUAGAAUAACAAGAGAUGGAGCUGGACGACGUGGUUCUGUACCAGGACGACUCGGGCAACGCGGCGAUGAUGUCCGAGCGCGUGUCCGGUCUGGCCAGCUCGAUCUACCGCGAGUUCGAGCGGCUCAUCGGGAAGUAUGACGAGGACGUGGUGAAGGAGCUGAUGCCCCUGGUCGUGGCCGUGCUGGAGAACCUGGACUCCGUGUUCGCCGUCAACCAGGAGCACGAAGUGGAGCUGGAGCUGCUGAAGGAGGACAACGAGCAGCUGGUGACCCAGUACGAGCGGGAGAAGGCGCUGAGGAAACACGCCGAGGAGAGAUACAUUGCCUUUGAGGACUCCCAGGAGGGCGAGAAGAAGGAGCUCCAGCGUCGACUAGUGAUGAUGGAGUCGCACUCCCGCCAGCUAGAGCUAAAAAAUAAGAACUAUGCAGAUCAAAUUAGCAGACUGGAUGAGAGGGAUGCAGAACUCAAGAAGGAGUACAACACCCUCCAUCAGAGACAUACAGAGAUGAUCCACAGCUACAUGGAGCACCUAGAGAGAGCUAAACACCAGCACACGGCGGCGCCUGAACCCACAGACACAAGCACGUCAGGCAGAGCACGGAAGGAGCGUCCCAUAUCCAUGGGCAUAUUCCCUCUUCCUGAGAACGAUGGUUUGACCCCUGACCUCCCGAGGGAAACUGUGGAAGCUCCGUCAGAACCUUGGCGAUUCAAUAACCUCAGCCACCCACGCUCCAACACCAGCCUUAAGGAUGAAUUGGCCUUUUCGAGCCCCAAGGGUUCCAAAUCCAGUGCGCCGACCAAUCAAGGAAGCAGCUUCAAAGGUGGACAGUCCGCGUCGGCACAGGUGGGAGGAUCCAAAUCCAACACCUCCGUAUCUUCUCAAGGCAGUACCUCCAAAUCGAAUACGCCCGCAUCUGCACUCAGUCUCAGCUCCCAGUCGACCACCCCGAUGUCUCCUCAAGAUGGUGCCUCUGAAAUGAUGACCUCCGUGUCCAGCCUCGGCGGGGGUGAGUCUGCCUCUGCCACGCCCACGUCUACCGCCACCUCAGAUGCUGCCAUGGAAUCAGUGGACACUCCCUUCCGAGAGGAGAAACAUUCAGAGGGUCUCAACAGGAACCUGGACCGGAGGGGCGGGAAGCCAGACAGCAGCAAGAACAUCUCAGCAGUGCAAGAAGGGCAGCUGGGGCAGGACAGUCAGGACUCUGGCACUUCACCCUUCACAGUCUCACUAGAUGGCACAGACAACCUGGAGAAAUCUGAAGUUCAAGCCAUCAUAGAGUCCACACCUGAGCUGGACAUGGACAUCGGUGGUCACAUUGGAACUAGCACGCCAACCAAAGGUGGCAUAGAAAACCUGGCGUUUGACCGGAACACCGAUUCUCUGUUCGAGGAGCUGUCCUCGGCUGGAAAUGACCUCAUAGGAGAUGUGGAUGACGGGGCCGACCUGCUGGGUAUGGGCCGUGAAGUGGAACAUCUUAUCCAGGAAAAUGCCCAAUUGCUAGAAACCAAAAAUGCUCUGAACGUGGUCAAAAAUGACCUGAUAGCCCAGAUGGAUGAGAUGAUGUGUGAGAAAGAGGUUCUGCAGGGUGAGCUGAACGCCGUCACUCAGGCCAAAACCAAGCUUGAGGAGAAGAACAAGGAACUGGAAGAGGAGCUCAAGAAGCUGCGGGCAGAGGUGGACGAAACGAAACAGAAGACCAAGAUUGAGAACGAGGACGACGUAAGUGUGUGUGUGUGCGUGUGUGCGUGCGCAAUACUCGUGCACACAGGUUUCUGUGCAUGCAUGAUGACGUUGGUAUCUCUCUCACAGCAGAGUGACGUGCCGACGGCCCAGAGGAAGCGUUUCACGAGGGUGGAGAUGGCCAGAGUGCUGAUGGAGAGGAACCAGUACAAGGAGAGGCUGAUGGAGCUGCAGGAGGCCGUGCGAUGGACGGAGAUGAUUCGGGCAUCGAAGGAGAACCCGGCUCUCUCGGAGAAGAAGAAGUCCAGUGUCUGGCAGUUUUUCAGCCGUCUGUUCAGCUCAUCGGGCGGAGCUGCCAAGAAGCCGGCGGCAGCGGCAACGGAGGCCCCAGUGAAUGUGAAGUACAACGCCCCCACCUCCCAGGUCCAGCCUUCAGUGAAGAAGAGGAGCAGCGCUCUGCAGCAGUUGCCCAGCGAUAAGAGCAAAGCUUUUGACUUCCUUAAUGAGGAGGCGGUGGCCGAUAACCCGGUGUCCAGGCGAGAGCAGAAGAGGGCGCAGUACCAGCAGGUCAAAGCUCAUGUCCAGAAGGAGGAUGGCAGGGUGCAGGCUUACGGUUGGAGCUUGCCCAAAAAGCACAAAGUAACCAACGGUGGUCAGGCAGAGAACAAGGUGAAGAAUCUACCUGUACCUGUCUUCCUCAGACCAGUGGAUGAGAAAGAUGCUUCUAUGAAGCUUUGGUGUGCAGCAGGCGUGAACCUGUCCGGGGGUAAGACCCGAGAUGGAGGGUCCAUUGUAGGGGCUAGCGUCUUCUACAGUGAUGUUCCUGGAUCAGAGAGCCUUGAAAAGUUGAAAGGAUCUCAGACCAGCCUAGACAAACUGGAUCAGGAACUUAAGGAGCAGCAGCAGGAGUUACAGCACCAGGAUGAGUUGUCAUCCCUGGUGUGGAUCUGCACCAGUACUCAAUCGACCACGAAGGCGGUGGUAAUCGAUGCCAACCAGCCUGGAAACAUCCUGGAGAGCUUCUUUGUUUGCAACUCCCAUGUGCUGUGCAUCGCCACCGUACCAGGUGCAAGAGAGACCGAUUACCCAGCAGGCGAGGAGGUGACUCAGACUUCUGGUGUUGGACCAGCAGGAGAUGGUAGCGCCUCAGCAAGCAAUUCGGCCAAUAGCAGCUCAGCAGGGGGCGAUAAUGUGCUUGGAGGCAUCACAGUGGUUGGCUGUGCUGCUGACGGCACGGCAGCUGUUGCACAGAGGGCGGAAAGUCUGUCAGAGUCAGAAAUAGAGUCCAGGCCAACAGAGGAAGCAACUGAAGCAACAGAGGCCAAUGAAGGUCCUGGUGACCAGAGAGAAGGCUUGAGGGGUAUCUACACAGAGCAUGUCUUCACUGACCCGCUGGGGGCCCAGCAGACAGGAGAGACACCAUCCAACUACACACAAAGGGAGUGUGACCUGGUAAAGGAUGGUGUGAGUUCCAACCCCAGUCAAGAGGAGCAGGACCUGAUGAGGGAGGAGGCCCAGAAAAUGAGCAGCGUCCUUCCCACCAUGUGGCUGGGAGCACAGAAUGGCUGUUUGUAUGUCCACUCCUCGGUGGCCCAGUGGAAGAAGUGUCUUCAUUCUAUAAAGCUGAAGGACUCUGUCCUCGGCAUAGUGCAUGUGAAAGGACGUGUAUUGGUGGGUCUUUCUGACGGCACUCUAGCAAUAUUCCACAGAGGAGUAGAUGGACAAUGGGAUCUGACCAACUACCACCUGAUUGACCUCGGGAGACCCCACCAUUCCAUCCGCUGCAUGACGGUGGUGCAUGACAAGGUGUGGUGCGGUUACAAGAACAAGAUCUAUGUGGUUCAGCCCAAAGCAAUGAGAAUAGAGAAGUCCUUCGAUGCCCACCCUCGUAAGGAGAGCCAGGUACGCCAGCUAGCUUGGGAUGGAGAUGGCAUCUGGGUGUCCAUCAGGCUGGACUCCACCCUCAGGCUUUUCCAUGCCCACACCCACCAACACCUCCAGGAUGUGGACAUUGAGCCCUACGUCAGCAAGAUGUUGGGUACGGGCAAGUUGGGCUUUUCGUUUGUGCGGAUCACCGCUCUCAUGGUGUCUUGUAACCGCCUCUGGAUCGGCACCGGCAACGGAGUCAUAAUCUCCAUCCCUCUUUCGGAAACCAACAAAGUCACCACAGGGGCAGCGAAGACUCCAGGAAGCGCGUUGCGCGUCUACGGUGACGACAACAGCGACAAAAUCACGGCCGGAACCUUCAUCCCCUACUGCUCCAUGGCGAACGCACAACUGUGCUUCCACGGGCACCGCGACGCGGUGAAGUUCUUCACAGCCGUUCCAGGUCACGCGGUCCAGCCUGCAUCCAGCGGAGCUGAGGCGGCGGGAGACAAGGCGGCAGAUGGGUCUCAGGAGGGCAGCAGGUCUUUGUUGGUGAUGAGCGGAGGAGAGGGAUAUAUUGACUUUCGGAUGGGUGAUGAGAGUGGGGAGGAGCUGGAGGAGCCCACUCUGAAGCUGGAGCCUCACCUGACCAAAGCGGAGCGCAGCCAUCUCAUCGUCUGGCAGGUCCAGGUUAACGGGGACUGAACUUUGACCUCUUUGACCGCCGUGUCAGACUUUGCCCGUUCUUUUGCCGGUGCCACGCGGACGGAAUAAGGAGCGAGUCGCACGCAGACGGCAUAAAUCUCCCUAAGCACUUUUUUUUCCCCUGGAAUACCCGCCGCAACCGUGAGGUUGAAACGGACACAACUGCUCUUAGAUCAGAGGUUAUGGUAAACUUCCAGGUUAGGAAUGGAGGGUUUGUUGCUUUACCACAGGAGCAGUGAAAACGGAUUGACGCAAUGGUUUCCUUAGAUCCGUUUUCUCCUUAUGUGUUUUCUUGGAAAGAAAUACUCUAAUUUUUUUUUUUUUUUAAUUUCAUGGACUGGACCUUUUUCCAAGCCAUUAUUAUGCCUAUUGCUCUUGUUUUGCUAUUAUUUGAGCUAAUACUAUGAUUGAGCUUAAAAUUUAUAUUUUGGUUUGUUCCAUUUUGCUAAAUAAUGCACCUAAUUUUCAAACUGACACUUUCAGGUAACUUACCCUAGUCCAGUCACAGUGUGGCGCUGGUAGGCUCCUGCAAGGGAGGACGUAGGAGGCAUCUCACAGAUCGCUAAUGAAGGGGAGGAUUGGGCUUUAACCGCCAACCGAACAAUCCUUACCUUCCUCCGUUUCCAGCAACGCCGUACGUACCAAGCGGUCGGGCGUGGAAGCGGGCGAGCUGCGUUUUGAAAAACAUAUUUAAGAUUCAGUUUCAUGACAGGAUUUCUGGUUUGUUGGUUUUUCGUUUCGUUUGUUGUUGGUUUUUUUUUUUUUUUCAGAACUUGACUGUAUGCGAGACGGUUAUGGUUAUAUACACAGAUUUGCCAUUUUGCCUGUUGAAAAGAUUGCCAUUUUCAUCCAAGGAAAGACUUCCUGUUAUCGUCAGCCCAUCCGUGAGAGCCAUUAUUUUACAUCUUGACAGCGCGAUAGAGAGAGAAAAAACAAAACAAAACAAAAACAGCCUCUGAUCCAGUAGUGAUGGAGGGUAAUGGUGGCCUCAUCAUCCUUUAACUCUCAUAGGUUAGCAUACAUAGUAUAAUAUCAUACAUACAUACAUGCAUACAUACAUAUAUAUAUAUAUAUAUACACACACACACACAUAUAUAUAUAUAAUUAUUAUAUUUUUAUAUUAUAUAUAUAUAUAUAUAAUAUAGUAUAAUAUCAUAGUAUAUCAUAGGUUAUGUUACAAGCGGUGAUUUCAUACAGCAAGUUUCCUCCCUUGAGGCGGGCACCAAUCUGAUUUGUGUUUCGGUUCAGUUAGAAACUCACUAAAUGCAUGUCGCUCCAUAUUAUACGAGUUGUUUUUGUUUGUUUGUUUUUUUUUUACCUCAAGGAAGGACAGGCGGCACCGGACCCGGCCUAAUCUCCCCGCCGCAGCUAGAGCGAGACACUACAAAUCUCUCCGAGCGCCUUAGGAACCGACAGAGCGAAGCCGCGCGUUUCAAGUGUGGCGGAAUAUUUAUUCUUUUGUGAGAGAAUGUUACGCGUUUGUUACCAAAGGAUAAAGAAUUAAGGACUAAUUACGGAUGACGACAUGCUGAACCUUAUCUCCCCACCCCACCCCCCUCCCCCACAAAACACUGACCCCUGUGCAGCAGCA